AACGUGGGUAGGCUCAGCCGACGGGAGAACAGAAGAGCAAGAGCUCAAAUCCUCGGGCGAGAACAUGAUCUCACUUCUCCUCCUUUCUUUCUUCUUCAACUUUUCUUCCUACUAGAAGCGCUUCAACGGCCCGUCGCCUCCGAAUUCGAGCCCCAAAGUCUCAGCGAAGCUGCCCGCUGGAAUUCCAAAGAAAACCUCCUUUCUGGUCCGGGAGAAAAUGAUCCCAAUCUUUUUGUGGCCUUGUACGAUUUCGUCGCCAGCGGAGACAACACUCUCAGCAUCACUAAAGGGGAAAAACUUCGCGUCUUGGGUUACAACCACAACGGAGAAUGGUGCGAAGCCCAGACGAAGAAUGGGCAAGGCUGGGUGCCCAGCAACUACAUCACCCCCGUCAACAGCUUGGAAAAGCACUCGUGGUACCACGGCCCGGUGUCCCGCAACGCAGCGGAGUACCUGCUCAGCAGUGGGAUCAAUGGCAGCUUUUUGGUACGGGAAAGUGAAAGCAGCCCUGGUCAAAGAUCCAUUUCCUUGAGAUACGAGGGGAGAGUCUACCACUACCGGAUCAACACCGCCUCAGACGGGAAGCUUUACGUCUCGUCAGAAAGCCGCUUCAACACAUUGGCCGAGCUGGUCCACCACCACUCAACCGUGGCCGAUGGGCUCAUCAUCACUCUCCACUACCCCGCCCCGAAGAGGAACAAGCCCACCAUUUACGGGGUCUCUCCCAACUACGACAAGUGGGAGAUCAAACGGACGGACAUCACAAUGAAGCACAAACUGGGCGGCGGACAAUACGGGGAGGUGUACGAAGGCGUCUGGAAGAAGUACAACCUCACCGUGGCGGUGAAGACCCUCAAG